AGAAAGAAACAACAUUCGACUACAAAUCUUCCGGUUGGAGACUAAAAACUAAAAACGGGAUCAACGUUUACAAAGCCUCCUUCCUUUUGAAUAUUUAAAAUGGGCCCCAGCCACACGCACAAGCAUGCGCGGGCGUACGCACACGCAGCGUGCUCACAAGAGGCAGCAUUUAAUGGCUUCCCCUUUCCCUCUAAACUCCUCUAACGGGAAACGAUUCCAGAAGGGAAGUAGCAGAGAACCAACCCUCUGAAGCAGUCUCUGUGACUACUGUGUGACGGCUGGAGGUGAGGGAGGAGACGAACGGCUGUCUUUCCAAUGGCUUUCCGGGUGUUUGUAACGACCUUACUCAGAAACAUAUGGAUUGGACAUUGAAGAUGCUGAAACCUACUUCUGGUGAUGCGGUUCGUCCAAAGAAACUGCUUGCAAAUGAACCAAGGAAAGCUUCUUCAAAGCCUGUGAAAAUGCUAAUUGCUGAAGAGGCGUCCAAAGAAGCGGAAUGUAGACAUCAUUCCCCAAGUAUUGUUGCAAAAUUGAUGGGACUUGAUGCAUUACCUGGACCAGAGAAUACCUCAAAACAUAAGAGGAAGACUGCGGAGACCUCAUAUAAGAAAAUGGAAUUUGGAAGGCAGAAAAACCAGUCUGAGUCAUUGAUUCAUGCUUACCAACGGUACCCUAGAAAUACCUUAUUGUCUGAGAGGCACCCAUCUCAGAGGUAUGUCAUGGAAAACGAAGAAUUUAAAGAUGUAUUUGAAAUUCAGGAGAUGCCAAGGUUCCACAACCUAUGUUAUCCAAGAUAUCAGGAUAGUACUCGAAGCUCAAGGCUAUCAGAAAUUGACAUGGUAUUUGUCAGGCAGAAAUUCAUGGAUACAAAUCAUCUCUCAAUUGAUGAGAAGCUUCAGAAUUCAGAAGAAUUCCAUGAUGUACUGGAUCAUCAACACUGUAAUAAAGAUCUCUUUCUGAGAGGUCUCCGAGAACCUGACUCACUGUUGACAAAGCAGUCAGUUCUAUAUCAUUCCCCAUCAAGUCAUAUUGCAGCUUUGAAAUCGUCAAAGACGACGGCGGAAGCCAAACUUUCAGAGAAUUAUAGUAAGAACAACAUUUACUGGAAAAGAAUGUCUGAAGGCGGAGUAGAUAUGCAGGGCAUGUCUGGUAGCUUUCUGUCAAACCAUGAUACUGCCCACUUUUCCUCUGGAAGGACAUCUGGUUAUCCUUCAGGUAGGUCAGGUCAGUCAUGUCAACCUACAAGCAGUAACCAUCUUACACCUACAAGGAUAGUUGUUCUGAAGCCUAGAUCAGUACCUCAGCCUGGACUUUCGCCAUCCCAAGGCUGUGUGAUGAAUCACACAGAGCAAAGAGUUCAGCAGACUAACAGCCAGGGGACAUUCGAGGAAGUGAUGAACUGGCAAAAAUUAUCAAGAAACAGUUCAAGGAUGAAUAAGAGGUCUGUCAGGGUAAGCUCAAAAGGUUCAAGGGAAGUGUCUAGAGAAGUUACUAGGAAAUUGAGACGAUGUGUGGCCAGGAGCUCCUUCAACAUGCCACCAAUGCUGUCAUUCGUUAGUGAAGAGCAACCCUGCAAUGUGCUGACAGCUGGCUCUGCUCAUGAAUUGGAAGUAUCUUCAUCCCCUUAUGGAAUGAUAUGUCAUCAAAACAACAAAUUGAUCUCCUGGCCAUCUUAUCCAACAGAUACACCCAAGAGAAAGGAAGCAAAAAAGGAGCUUCCUGAAAGGAGGAGAUUGUCAACUGGUGGUGGGAAAUUAGGAGUUCUUGGAAGGAGCCUUAGCACAUUGGAUGAGAUGCUAAUCCUGCAUGAGCUGAAGACUGAAAAUAAAAAACCUUCACUAACUUUAGGAUACAUGAUUGGCAAGGAUGGAUCUUGCAAUAAUUCAGUUAGGGAAGAGGAAACCAUAGACUGGCACAGCGAAGUAGCUAGAAGUAUCAGGGAUUUUAAGAAGGCAGGCUAUGCUGCAGACAUGUCAAGGCUUAGGUCAUGUGCAGUUUCUACUGAAGAUCGUGAACUUGCAAAGGCAGUUCGAGGAUUUGGUUCUGUAAACAAAAUUGUAAAUGAUAUGAUUUCAAGGGAAAUGAUCAUGCCAGGGCCUCAAUGGCCAUUCUCAAGAACACACUCUAAUCUGAAAGAGAAAACCUUUAUGGGAGAUCGACAUUCAGAUGAUUACAAAUCCCAUUCAUGUCAGCUUGUGAAGCCAGACAAUGAUCACCAGAACUCUAGCAAUGACUUCUCAGUCAUGCAUCACUGCUGUAGUUUGGAUGGCCAGAGGAGUUUCGAAAGUGAAAUGUUUUGGUAUGACAAAUGCCCAGUAAAUUUUUCUAAUUAUCCAGGUGAGAAUUCUCAAGAAUUGGUGCCAUCACUUCAAGCAAGGAACUUGAAGAAGGAUUCUUACAGCCGUGAUUUGCUGAAUUCUGAUAAGAACACUGCUGAGGUUUUAUCAACAGGAAACUAUCUAUUGACAUCACCAGUUCGUGAAUUGCCCAAAACUAGGGUUCCUGAUAUGAAAGAUGACUCUCCGCACAAAGAGUCUCAGGAACAACUUAGUCCUGUUUCUAUUCUGGAACCUCCUUUUGAAGAAGAGAGCUCCGGCUCAGAAUGCUUUGAGAAAAUUAGUGCUCAUCUUGUUGGUUUGAGAAAGCAAGUGCAUCUGCACAGAAUGGAAUCAUCACAUAAAUAUGCAGAAGACGUGGAAUUUGAAUCAUCAGCAGAAGAGGAUUAUGCAGCUGGAUGCCUCGAUUGCUUUGAUCAAAUGGAACAAGCAGGUCUGGAAGAUCAAAGGGUAGAGUUCAUGUUCUUGCGUGAUGUACUCACAAGUUCUGGCAUUUGUGGUGAUCAAAAUCGCCUAAGUGCAUGGCAUUCCCCCGAUAGCCCAUUAAAUCCGUGCUUGUUUGAACAACUGAAUCAGAAGUACAGCAAGCGGGAGAAUACAAAGGACAUGUGGGUACAGAGAUCACGAAGGCGACUUCUGUUUGAUCGUACAAACGCAAUGCUCAAGGAAAUUUUACAGCCAACUCUGGGUUCACAUUCAUGGACACAACCACAUGCUAGGAAUGGGAUGAUGCAACGGUGGGGAGUGCGGCAGUUGGCUGAGAAACUAUGGGAGAUCAUCCAGAAUGAUGAGACUGAGAGCAGAGGGCUUAUGGAGAUUAUGUUGGCAAAGAAUUUGGUCAGAGAUGUUAAAUGGCUGGAACUAAGAGAUGAUGUCGGUCUCCUUGGUGCAGAUAUUGAGCAAGCUUUAAUUGGCGACUUAGUUGUAGAGAUGGUUAACGACUUGUAUAAUGUGACAUCACAAUCAUGUCAAGAAAAUUUAAGAUGGUGAAUACUGAAUAGUCUUGUGAAUUGAAUUACUGCUUUGCGUUAGUUUCUGUGACUACUCUGGUAUUUUGCUCUUCGAGGGGCAUGUUUCUGUACACUAUUCAAGCCUUGUUAGACUUGCAUCUUUGAAAUUAACCUUCUGAUUGCUGGGUCUUUUUCCUCAA